AUGGCUCGGCGUCCCGACAUUGUCCCUUCCUUCCGUGAGCCCGCCGUAGUCGUCUCUCCGACCACGGUGGACCAGGAGCUCAGCCGCGGCCGCAAGAGGUCUCGCAGCAUCACACGGGCCGACGUCAAGUCGCUCCGCUCUGACGAGUCGAGCAACCUACGCGGACGCUCGCCCCGGCGGGCGACAUCGCCUUUCGGGCUCGUCUCCCGCAACACAUCUCCGUCGAUGCUCUCGCCGACAACGCAACUCCUCCGCUACAACCAACUACGCAACGCCCGUCGCGAGCACUGCCCGUCACGGACGGGGUCACCGGCCGACCAGCGGCCGUUUCGCCGGCGUCAGCGUACGCGCAGCCGCAGCCGGGGGCCGGGCUUGGAGCAGGACCCCCGUCGCUCGCUCGACACCUUGUCGAGCCUCAGGAACGAGGUAUUGAUGCUGCACGAUGACGAAUCCGCCAACGACGAGGAUAAAUAA